ACUGACCAAAGACAGCAUCCAGUUAAAGGUUUGGAAUCGUAGCGGGUUCUACAAAUCCUUUAUUUAUAGUCUGUGUGUUUUUUUUUCUUCUUUCAUAUAUAAAAAAAACAUUUUUGUUUAUUUUCCUAUAACAAAAAAAAAAAAAAACAAGUGAACUAAAGCUGUCUAGAUUUUUUUGCCUAUAGUGGGUGUGUUUAUUGUUUUAAUAAAAUCAUCAUGAAAUUAUUUAUCUGUCUCGCCACACUUCUGGUGGCUUCCGCCUGCGCUGAAACUGCGAAAAAAUCUGCUGAAAAGGUUCCUUUGGAAAAGAAACUCGAUAAACGUGGUCUCCUCGAAUUGGGUUACGGUUAUGGUCAUUCCGGUUUGGAUGUUGGUUAUUUGGGACACGGUUCCAUUUCACAUGGUCAUGGCUAUGGCCAUAGCGGUAAUGCCAUUAUAGCUCAUUCAGCACCAGCAGUUGGUUAUUAUGGUCAUUCUGGUUUUGCAGGUCUCGGUGGUGGUCAUGGUGGUGGUUAUGUUGUCAGUGGUGGUCAUGGUGUGCCUCAAGAAUUUCUCAUUAGCAAAAUGGCUGAUGUCCACAAGACUAUUACCAUUACCAAGGGUAUACCUGUACCACAUGUAGUCGAUCGUCCUUAUCCCGUCGAACACAUUAGACAUGUUCCCGUACAGGUUAAGGUGCCAGUGCCACAACCCUAUGAAGUGAUCAAAAAGGUAGCCGUGCCCGUUAAGGAAUACGUUAAAGUACCCGUUCAUGUACCACAACCCUAUGAGGUUAUCAAGAAGGUAGAAGUACCCGUACAUGUGCCCGUCGAUCGUCCUUAUCCCGUUAAGGUACCUGUGCCUCAACCCUACGAAGUGAUCAAACAUGUUCAGGUGCCCGUUAAAGUAAGUGUAAUGUUCCCCUUGAACACAGUUGAACAAGAAUAA